AUGGAGGCCUCCACUAAGUACUUCCUUGCCCAAGCCAGUGCAUCUGCACUUAUUCUAUUCGCUAUUGUAUUUAAUGCUUGAACAACUGGUGAAUGAUUUAUCAAUACAAUAUCUAAUCCACUUGCAGUGGCCAUAGCCAUUGUAGGGUUAAUAAUAAAAAUAGGAGUCGCCCCUCUCCACACUUGAUUACCAGAAGUUAUACAAGGGGUCACUUUACUAACCUGUUUAAUUAUAUCUACUUGACAAAAACUAGCCCCCUUUGCCCUACUUGUUCAAGUGACACCUCCUGAUUCAAAAAUACUCUUAGUUAUAGGACUCCUAUCUAUUCUUGUUGGAGGUUGAGGCGGGUUAAAUCAAACCCAACUUCGUAAACUAAUAGCUUAUUCUUCGACUGCCCACAUAGGCUGAGUUAUUGUUAUUUUACAGUUCUCUGAAACCAUUGCUUUCCUUACAUUAAUUAUCUAUGCUAUUAUAACUUCUUCCGUUUUUAUCUUGUUCGCCUUGAGCAAAGCUACAACCAUUAAUUCUUUAUCAAUCUCAUGAUCUAAAGCCCCUGUUAUCACCACCCUAACUCCUUUCAUUGUUUUAUCACUAGGAGGUAUACCACCUCUUACUGGCUUCGGACCAAAAUGAAUAAUCUUACACACGCUUUCAACGUUCAACCUUCUUGUAUUAGCAACAUUUGCAGCCUUGUCUUCCUUAAUCAGCCUGUAUUUUUAUCUACGUGUAGCUCACUCAUUCGCCUUGGUCAUUGCACCUAACUCUAUAACUACGGCAACUUUAUGACGUAUCGUAAAUUUACACUUAACACUAUACUUUGCCAUCCCCACUGUUUUAACACUAGUAUUACUUCCGAUUAUUGUGUCGAUUCUGAGCUCCUUUUUUUAACAAGAAGCGAUUUAGGUUAACUAAACCAGGAGCCUUCAAAGCUCCCAAUAGGAGUUAAAAUCCCCUAAUCCCUGAUAAGACCUGCGAGUUACUAUCCCACAUCUACUGCAUGCAAAGCAGAUACUUUAAUUAAGCUAAGGCCUUACUAGACAGGCAGGCCUUUAUCCUACAAGAUCCUAGUUAACAGCUAGGCGCCCAAGCAGCGAGCAUCUGUCUACUUUCCCCCGCCUAUAAGGCGGGAAGGCGGGGGAAAGCCCCGGCAGACGUUAGCCUGCUUCUUCAGAUUUGCAAUCUGACAUGUUACACCCCAGAGCUUGACAAGAAGGGGGCUUAAACCCCUGUAUGUGGGGUUACAAUCCACCGCUUACUCAGCCAUCUUACCUGUGAUAAUCUCUCGUUGACUGUUUUCCACUAACCACAAAGACAUUGGUACCCUUUACUUCGUAUUUGGUGCUUGAGCUGGCAUAGUGGGCACAGCUCUUAGUCUUCUUAUUCGAGCUGAGUUGAGUCAACCAGGCGCUCUACUCGGAGAUGACCAAAUCUAUAAUGUUACUGUAACUGCACAUGCUUUUGUGAUAAUCUUUUUUAUAGUAAUACCUAUUAUAAUUGGAGGGUUUGGAAAUUGAUUGAUCCCAUUAAUAAUCGGCGCUCCCGAUAUGGCAUUUCCACGUAUAAACAACAUAAGCUUCUGACUUUUACCACCAGCCUUCCUUCUUCUAUUAGCAUCUGCAGCUGUAGAAGCCGGGGCUGGCACAGGGUGAACAGUCUACCCCCCUUUAGCCGGCAACCUUGCUCAUUCUGGGGCCUCAGUUGAUUUAACAAUCUUCUCCCUUCACUUAGCAGGUGUCUCCUCAAUUCUAGGGGCUAUUAACUUUAUUACAACUAUUAUUAACAUAAAACCCCCCGCAAUCACACAAUACCAAACACCUUUAUUUGUAUGAGCGGUUCUCAUUACAGCUGUCCUUCUUUUACUAUCCCUGCCUGUUCUAGCAGCUGGCAUUACCAUACUUCUAACAGAUCGAAAUCUAAACACAACCUUCUUUGACCCUGCUGGAGGAGGGGACCCGAUCCUUUACCAACAUUUGUUUUGAUUCUUUGGCCACCCCGAAGUAUAUAUUCUUAUUCUACCUGGGUUUGGUAUAAUCUCACAUAUUGUUACCCAUUAUGCUAAUAAAAACGAACCCUUCGGGUAUAUAGGGAUGGUUUGAGCAAUGCUAGCUAUUGGCCUUCUAGGCUUUAUUGUGUGAGCACAUCAUAUAUUUACAGUUGGAAUAGAUGUGGACACCCGAGGCUACUUCACCUCUGCUACAAUGAUUAUUGCUAUUCCUACAGGUGUAAAGGUAUUCAGCUGACUGGCCACCCUGCAUGGCGGCUCAAUUAAAUGAGAAGCCCCCCUACUAUGAGCUCUAGGUUUUAUCUUUUUGUUUACAGUAGGCGGUUUAACAGGAAUUAUUUUAGCAAACUCUUCUUUAGAUAUUGUCUUACAUGACACAUAUUACGUGGUUGCUCACUUUCACUACGUUCUUUCCAUGGGGGCUGUGUUCGCAAUUAUAGGGGGGUUUGUUCACUGAUUCCCUUUAUUUACAGGCUUUACUCUUCACGAGGUAUGGACUAAAGUACAGUUCAUAGUCAUGUUUUUAGGGGUUAACCUCACAUUCUUCCCGCAACACUUCUUAGGCCUUGCAGGUAUACCACGUCGCUACUCAGAUUAUCCAGAUGCUUAUACCCUUUGAAACUCUGUAUCCUCGGUAGGCUCUCUGGUAUCCCUUGUGGCAGUGAUUAUAUUUCUUUUUAUUAUCUGAGAAGCAUUUGCUGCUAAGCGGAUUAUGCACUAUGUUCCACUCUCAUCUACUAAUGUAGAAUGAAUCCAUGGCUGCCCUCCACCAAAUCAUACGUUUGAACAGCCUGCUUUCGUUCGAACCUUACCCGCUUAACGAGAAAGGAAGGAAUCGAACCCCCGUAAAAUGGUUUCAAGCCAUUUUCAUAACCACUAUGAUACUUUCUUACAUAA